CAGAUCAUGUCUUGUCGUGUGCUAAGGCGAGGCUCAUCAUCAUCAUCCAUUCGCCGAUCUCAACACCAAUUCGUGGCCCCAAAUCGCGUGCGUUAUCCUCUAUUUAGCUCAUCGCACCGGGCUCCCGCAAAGGCGGAGAGGACAGGGAGAGUGAGCGAGAGACGAUGGCGUCGAUCACGGGGAUGUUGGCGUACGCCGUUCCCAUGUCGUGUACCAGCAGCAGCAGACCCAGGGCUUCGUCUCCCGCGUCGCCGGGCGGCGGCGGCGGGGGAUGGAUGGGAGUGGAGUGCUCGUCGCGGCCGCAGAAGAAGGCGACGGCGCACCACAUGAAGACGAGGCCUAAGAAGACGCAGCCUUGGGACGUCAAGCGCAAGGGCCCGACCGCGUACCCACCUCUCCCCGUCCUCCCUCCGGAUUGGACCCUCGUCCCCGAGCAGGAGCAGGCGGCGGCGAAGGAGGUGGAAGAAGCUCCGGCCACCGCCGCAGAGUGAUGAGGAACCACUGCACCAUCAUGGCUUUCUCUUUUCCGUGCUAGCAUUUCCUUUCGUCGAGUUUACGGUUUGCGUGCCAACUGUUUGAUGUUUUGCCAUUUACUAUGUUCAGCCACAAGGUUUACAAAAA